GUCUUCACCGGAGCAAUGGCUGCUGCACCGAAGAAGCCCGUGAACGUUCCUUUCAGAAGGAACUACGCUCCCACAUGGGCUUUCGACCACAUCAAGUACUACAAUGGCGGCAACGACAUUCAGCUGGUCUUGGAUAAAUACACCGGGACGAGUUUCCAGUCGAAAGGGUCGUACUUGUUCGGCCACUUCAGUAUGCAGAUCAAGAUGGUUCCCGGAGAU